AUGUCGUUCACGUCAUGGCGGCGAAAUGACGCAUCGCCUUCAUUGUCUCCAGCUCAGCAAAUCCCACGCAAGCUGGAGGCAGUGGCCAGUGUUCGCGACGACAAGAUACCGAGUUACAAACAACGCUCACAGCUUAGCUGGAGGCCACAUAUAAUUCGGUCGUGGACACUGAUCUGCUUGUUGAUUAUUACCUUAGGCCUCAUAGCUGUCCUGGAAUAUAUUUCACACACACUGCCAGGGAUAAUCACUACCGCCCACAGUCUUACAACAACGAGCUCAACCACGUCAGUAUCAACACAUGCUUCGCCGUCGAUUGCACAGAAGCAAGCCACGUCACUCACAGAAGUCCGAGUCGGUUAUCGGGCAAGAACAGCGUUCGCAGCAUCCAAUACGACCACGACGAGUAGGCCAAGUUCAGCUUACUCGUUACAUUCGGAGCCGGAACCGUCGACUACUGUCGGUACCGCAUACUUGGGCUCGGCAGGCAGCCAGAUUGCUACAAAGUCUUCCACAAGCGUCACAGCGUCGGAGACAGUAGGUGCACCUCCGGCUGGGUCGUACCUACAUACUGAUGGGCCCAAUCCUAAGAACGAUGACGCCACUGGACAGUGGCACUGGAACGGGACUCAGAUAUUUGUGGGGACAUAUCUGCCGGUCUUGAUCGCCAUGAUCUACCGCAUGUUGUGGACGGCAAUCUACCAUGGGUUCUGCUUGAUUGAGCCUUUCCAACAAUUAUACGGCAGUCGAGGUUCACUGGCCAAUUCAGCCUUCUUUGAGCUGUAUCAAGCUCGCACUGUAUUCACUCCACUGAUUGCUCUCAGGCGGAAGAGAUGGAUUCUGGCUGCUGUGGCACUUACACAGACUCUUACAACUCUUUUACCUGGACUGGCCGCCGAAAGUAUCCACCCUGACACCAACUGGGGUUGCUCACAGCCGAGUAACGAUAAGAACAAUCCUUGCCCUCCGCGAAUAACCAUGAAUAUACCCGUAAUCCGCGUCUUGCAGGGCAUCGUUAGUCUGGCAGCGCUAGUGCUCAUCGUCGCCGUUUUGGUCACAUAUCGGAAGCAGACUGGAGUUGCUAGAGAUCCUAGCUCCAUCGCUGCCGUGGCGUCGUUGAUGCGUCACCCGUCUUUACUCGCAGAGCUACAGAAUUUGCCGGCCGAUGCCAGCAAGAAAAAGAUGAUGUCUGCUUUGGAGGGCCAUCGGUAUUCAUUGAGCUCCUGGCAGGACUCUUUUCGCGAUCGCCAUUACGGUGUCCUUCCGAUGCAAACGUAUGGCGAAAGCAGCCUGUCAAAAGCCGACGAGCCUUUAAUGGGACCGUCAGACAAGCCUGUGAAUGCUAAGUCGCACUGGCAUAAGUACGGUGGAGAAUGGAUAGUCGCCAUCUUCACAAUUGGGACGUUCGCCGUCGUGCUUGCCUACUGUCUCGACGGUCAGGACGAUGGCUUCAAUCGCUUCUUCAGCAGCAACACGUUCGGCCCACGUCUGAUCCUGACCACAUCGGCGACAGUCCUCGCCACAAGGUGGCGAUCGGAAGAACAGAAAAUGAUGACUAUGGCUCCGUAUCAGCGGCUUGCGAACGGCCCAGCUCCUGCUCGAAGCACACUGUACUUCCAGUCGCACCUAACUCCGGUCUUUUCCACGAUCUAUACAGUACGCCACGGCUACUACGUGGUCGCCAGUCUGACCCUUAUGACACUACUGGCAGAAGGUCUGAGUGUCGUAAUAAGUGGGGUACCGUUCGCGCCUGCGGAGGUCUGGCAGCAACUGAUUAUUUCAGUCGGCAUGAGUCUGGCAAUUUUGGCUCUUAUGCUGAUUGUAGUACUCGUGUUGGUCGUCUACCGCCGGUCCGAGAUUGAACUUCCACGUCAUCCAGACACUCUAGGUGUGGCGAUGAGCUACGUGUGUGGCAGCAGGUUCCUGGACAUACUGGGCGAGCUCGAUAGCCCCAAGGCUUCGGCUACAGUCCACGCCGAGAGCCUGGACAAGCUCUAUGAAUUCAGGAAGAAGGUCCGAAUUGAUGGUAAGACAGCUUGGACGAUGGAUGAGUGUGCUGAAGAUCCAUUGCUUCGUGCAAAGUGA